AUGUCCCAGCCACACAGUAACUGUGAGGGAGAGGAUCUUGUUGGAGACGAGACCGGGCUGGAGGUGAAGUACAAGACAUUGACUUGGUGGCAGGCUGGAAUGCUCAUGAUAGCAGAGACCAUCUCUCUUGGAAUUCUGGCUCUCCCCAAAGUGCUAGCUACAUUGGAUCUUUUCCCUGGAAUUGCCGUUAUCAUUGGCGUCGGGGUACUGACGACCUACACAGGACUAGUCAUUGGGGAGUUCAAGCGUCGCUAUGCUCAGGCACAUAGCAUGGCUGAUGCCGGAAGCAUACUGUGGGGAAGGACUGGUUUCGAAAUCCUGGGCGCUGCUCAGCUUAUCUUCUUCACAUUCAUAAUGGCUAGCCAUAUACUGACCUUCUCUAUCAUGGUGAGCGUUCUCACCGGCUACUCGGGCUGUAUAGUUAUAUUUUCCGUGGCUGGAGGAUUGCUUUCAAUCGUCUUCACCAUUCCACGACGUCUCGAAAGCCUGUCAUUUCUAUCUUCAAUCAGCUUUGCUAGUGUCCUCGGAGUAGUUUUGGUUAGCAUGGUUGGAGCAUCUAAGACAAGCCCUAUCCAGACAUCAUUACCGCCUACUUUUCACGACAUAAUGGUUGCAAUUGCAAACGCUGUGUUUGCGUAUGCUGGAUAUGUUGCCUUCUUUGCCUUCUUUUCAGAGCUCCGGGAUGUGAAGGACUACCCAAGGGCACUAGCGUUAUUGCAAGUGAGUGAGAUGACGCUCUACACAGUGACAGCUAUCGUACUAUAUGUAUUGGGUGGAAGGGAUAUUGCUUCCCCGUCCCUCAAUUCAGUCAGUCCACUCUUUCAAGAAGAUAGCAUAUGGUAUCGCAAUCCCAACGGUCAGAUCGUGAUAGCAGGUGUCGUCAACGCCCAUGUCGCGGUGAAAUCAAUAUACUUGCGGAUAUUUCACGGCAGGAAUGCCAUGCACUCACGUUCCUUCGGUGCAAUAUCCCUGGGUCGCUGUAUGCGCGACGCUAUGGUUUUUGGCCUGGGUAGUAGCGGAAAGCAUACCGGUUUUCAACGAUAUCUUGGGGCUUACGGUAAGUUCUUGGGACAAAUGGGAAAUACCUUAAUGUACUUGGGAGGCCUCUCAGUUGGAAACAGACAAUCCUGAUAGGCUUCAAUUGCUUGGGAAACUAGGUCAAUCAGUCACGGCAAGGCCAGAAGCAUGCCGCCUUGCAUCGGAACAAGAUAAGGAAGGUAUUGGAAGCCGUGUAUCUUAUUCAUAAAGUGCCGGACUAUGAAGGGUAGCGCCGGGCAAGCGUGCAAACAUCAUUCCAGUCUGCUAGGACCGAGACUAGACUUGUGUGCCUGCGAUUACCUUUCCACAUUACCAGGUUCAUACUUGCUUCUACCCGUUUGCCCCUUUAGUAAACAUUUAUUGUUAGGCCCACUCAGAGGAUCUUGGUGGUGCCUUUCCUGCCUAGCAGUAAAUUGCUCAGGGACUUUCUGCUGGCAAAGCUAUCGUGUCUGCACCUACGUACUCGACAUGUCCGGGACAUACCCAUGAUUCGUUCUGCAGGGUUAGGCGGCUUAUUCUUCAACGAUUGACGUGGGCGCAUAGCAUGUAUAUAGGUAGAUAUUGC